AUGAGUGGCCACUGUGUUUAUGUGCUUGCCUGUGCUCGUGUGGGGAAAUAUGAUCUUGUUAAGUUCAAUGGUGAGGUUGUCAUGUUCUACACAUACCCUCCUCUUCAGACCCUGAGCCCUGAGCAGAGUGGUGCUGAUAACUUCCUGGAUACUCUGCUGGGUGGGAGCGACUCCUCAGCUCCAGCAUCCCCCUUGUGGUCGCCCUGCACCACUGACAGUGGCAUCUACGAGGACCCCCAAAUGGAUCCCACAAAGAGCCCUAACUCAACCCCCUGCAAGCCUUUUCCAGCUUUUGACACACAGUCACUCCCUCAGCCUCCACCUCUAGAGCAACCACCAGCUAAGCUCGCAAAUGAAAUGACAUCUGAUGUUUCCAUUGAUCUAGGCUGGGAGUGUGGUGACCUCCAAGAGCAGUUGGGAAUCACGUACUACCUCUCUACGAACCAAAGCUCCCUGUCCAGUCAGACCCUCACAGUGAAGGACCUGCUGCUCUCCAACCUAGGACAGGAAGCACAGCGAGUACCCCAGCAUUCCCUGCAGGAAAUUAUACUUAAUGAGGAUGAGAAGAAGCUUCUGGCUAAAGAAGGGGUAAACAUACCCACCAAACUCCCCCUCUCCAAGUCUGAAGAGAGGGUUUUGAAGAAGAUCCGCAGGAAAAUCCGCAACAAGCACUCGGCUCAAGAAAGUCGGAAAAAGAAGAGGGAAUAUGUUGAUAGUCUGGAAGGAAGGAUGUCUGCAUGUAGUACUCACAACCUCCAGCUGCAGAGAAAGAUCCACCAACUGGAGGAGACCAACAAUGCACUGCUGGAGCAGCUAAGCCGGCUACAAGCUCUCCUUCCUAACAGCUACAGCAAAACAACACAGAGAGGGACCUGCAUCCUGGUUCUGCUCCUCUCCUUUUCUCUGCUCAUUUCCUCAAAUCUGCAGCCAGACGCCUACAGUCAACUCAGCCAUGGAGAGUACACAGAGACCAAAGUGCCGUCCCGCUCCCUGCAGUCGAUGGAUGAAGUGCAAGACAUCCGUCCUCCUUCGCUCCUCUCUGUCUCAAAGGGCUUUGAGGCCUUGUAUAGCCUGAUGGAGAAUCUCUGGCCUCAGACAGACCUCCCCACCACAGAUUUCCCACCCUCCCACCACCAGGAUCCCAGGCACUGUGAUGAUCACUGA